GCGAUCGCCAUAUUUGGUAAAAAUUUUACGCUCACCUGCUUACUGAGCAGCUCACUCUGUAAGAAACAACGAUCAUUUGAAAUCAACAAACGAAUAGAAGACUACAGAAAGAAGAAUAUACAGGUUAUGGCGUUAAAUAUUAUUUAUCAGUAUUAUUUAUUUCAACAGGGUAAUGGCAUUUGCAGAAAAGAGCUAUAUAAUAAAUGGAAUACUUUAUAAUAUGGUUGAAAGCGAUGAAGUGCAACCAAAAGUACCAAAUGAAUCGUUUACAUGGACAAGGAGUGCCAUACAUCUGCUUUUAGACGAAUAUUUGGAAAGGAAAGAAAGGUUUCAAAGUCCGUUGAAUUUAAAAAAAAGUUUAUGGAACGAAAUUAGAAAAAAGUUUGCCGAGAAGGAUUAUAUAAUUUCCGAGGAACAGCUGGACAAAAAGUUUAGGAAUUUGAAGAAAACGUACAUCAAAAUAUAUAACAAUCAAAGAAGUACAGGCGGAGGUGCAUUAGUUACCUGGGAGUACUACGAUAAAUUCAACAAAAUAUUCAACGCCGAUAAGUUGAAUGAUAGCGACGAUACACUUUCAAACAUGGCCAUCGGAGAAGAUGAAAAAUUGAGUACACAGUUAUUGGACAUGCAAUCGGAAGACGUGCCGAAGGCACAAUUACAAGUCGAAUCGAUUCCAGGUACAUCCAUAAAACACGAAAGACCGAUGAGCAAGAAAUCGAUACCUUUAAAUAGAAAGAGGACGUAUACUGUUAUGAAGAAAAAUGUAUCGCAUAUGAACAUCGAGAAAGAAAAAUUAGAGGAAAUGAGAAAGAGUAGAAUCGCGUUAGAACAUAUGGUGAAAGUGCAGGAGGACAGGAACUGUUUGAUAAAAGAAUUGAUAGAGUGUUUAAAAGAAAAUUGUUAAUUAAUGCGUUUCGUUGAUAAUAAAAUUUUUGUUUAUACAGA